ACGCAAAAAAAAAGUUCUUAUGUCAAAUACUCGUUCAUUUGUUUAUCUCCAUUUUAAAAUUUCGAAAAAAUACUCCAAAAAAAUCUCAAAAUACAUCUAUUAUACAAAAAUAAUUUAACUGUAUUAAUUGUAGUGGUAAAAAUGGUUGUGAAACUGUGGCGCUUGGGUCUUACAUCUUACGACACUGCAAUGAAAAUUCAACAGGCAUUGUCGAGAAAACAUCUAGAUGCAAUGAUGAAGGGAAAAGAUGCGAAUUACGACACAAUAUUAUUAGUAGAACAUAAACCUGUUUAUACUGUGGGCAUCCGAGACGAGACGCCCAUAGAAGACAUCUUGAAACUAAAAAGACUGGGCGCUGAAUUCAAGAGGACAAAUAGAGGCGGCCUUAUCACAUUCCAUGGCCCAGGCCAACUAGUAGCAUACCCCGUAAUAAAUCUCAAACACUUCAGAACGAGUGUGAAGUGGUACGUAAACAGUCUAGAGGAGACGGUGAUCCGUAUGUGUGCGGAGCUGGGGGUGAACGCUGACCGGUCGGAGCACACUGGAGUGUGGGUGCAGGAUAAUAAAUUGGCUGCUAUUGGCAUUCACGCUUCAAGAUAUGUCACCACACAUGGUCUUGCCCUGAACUGUGACAACGACUUGUCCUGGUUUAACCACAUAAUCCCAUGUGGAAUUGAUGACAAAGGGGUUACGUCCCUAAGUCGUGAGACGGGUGUAGAGUGUACAAUUGAAAACAUGACCCCAUUGUUUUUGAAGUCCUUCCAAUCAGUGUUCGGGUGCAAGUUUGAAGAAUUGGACAACAAUACUCAGGAGGAAAUCCUAAGCACAGUAUAUACUAAAUUAUUAGUUCAGGAUUCCGUCUAAGUUUGUCCGGUCAAGUGAUUGUUCCUUUAGUUUUAUUUAGGUGGGUAGUUUAGUAGAAAUUUAAUGGCAAUUUUGCUUUCACUUACAGCAACACUCAAAUUAAAUAAAAACAAUUACCGCCAAAAUUUUGUAGGUUAUUUUUUAUAAAAUUGUUAUUUAGUGCAAUUAAGUUUUUAUAACAAUAUUUAUUUUGCAACUACAACAGUAUGUAUUGUUAUUGUUAUAACUGAAUAAAACAU